AUGGCGUCACAUAUUGCCACUGGCGUGUCUCUACGAGCGUCUGUUACAUUGCCCGUGAGUAAUAGCUCUAUGGAUAGUUCUCGUACGAGCAGCCACCCCUCAGCAGCAACAUCAAAAACCGCGACAACGACUCCCGAAGGUUCACCAAGUACCAUGGCAAUGACGGCUGGGGCCAAGAUGGCUGGAACAGACGACAGCCAGCUUUCUCUUACACCCGACUUGGCGUAUACGGACGCAGCGGCCAUUUUUUCGCUCGCAGAGAGGGCAGACCGACUCGUUGACUGUCUUGUUGUGGGUGGCGUGUCUGCCGCUGAUUUUCACGAAAUCGAGGCCGAACGGGACCGCCGCGGACGACGCAUCCGCCUCUUCUUCCUGCCGGACCGGGCCUGCACCAUUGUCACGAUCCCCACCGGGCCACAUGAACAAGCACAUGUUGAGCUGUACUAUGUUGUGCGCGAUUCGCUAAAAGAAAUGGGACUGGCGAACGAGUGGCAGUCAGUCGCUGCGGAGACGUUUGCCACAGGCAGCCGCGGCUCCGGUGAGGGCGAUUCGGGUGGCGGGCCACUCUGGCGGAACGAUGAGGGCGGCAUUUUCUGGCCCACAAUCGUCAUAGAAGCGGGAUUUAGCCAAUCCAUGGCAUCGUUGUGCGCGAAAGCAAACUGGUGGUUCAGCGUCUCGCACAAUCAUAUGAAGAUUGUGCUUCUCGUCAAGAUGUCGUUCACCGCCACUGAAUCCAGCAUCGCUGUAGAGAAAUGGACAUCGACCACACGCCGCACGGCUCGUCCCGGCGCAACGACGACACGCUCGCUCGCCCACGCUACGCCGUCUGCUAUGGAACCCGGUUGUCGGCAGCGAAUCGACAUUUCUUGGUCGGGGCCCUCCCCCAUUCAACAGACCCCACGCCACGGUCGCGUCGCAACACUCUUCACUGUCGUAGGCGCCCCCAUGGUCCUCGGAUUUGAGGAGUUGAUGUUGCGUCCUCCCGUGGCAGCGCACGGUGAGCACGACAUUGUAAUCUCCGCGGCACAUUUUCAAGACCUGGCUUUCCGUGUCUGGCUGUCGGUGUGA